AUGUUAGCAACAGUAUAAAAUAAUGAAGUCUUUUAGGGUAAAAAUAAAAUAAAUGCAAUAGAAAUUACAAUCAAAAUAAUCAAUAAGGUAUUUUAGUUAAUGUAUUAAUAUAAUUAUUAAUUUAAUCUAAUUGGAAGCAAAAUAAAAAUACAUUUAAUUUAUUUAGAAUUCAAUGCUCUAAUGACAAUAAAUAAAAAUUUUUAUAAUUCUUUCGAAUUGAUAAAUUUGGGUACAUUCAGAGAUUUUAUCAAAUGUAUAUCAUAUAAUUAAGAAUCAUAAUAUAAAGGUUUAUGUUUUAUUUAAGAUAACUUAGAAGAGAACUUAAAAUUAAAGAUAUUCGAUUAUAUGAUACUUUAUUAGUAGUAAUUAGCAAUUAAAUUAAUUAACUUUGAAACUACCCUUUUAUUCAAAGGAAUUGAGAUUUAUGCUGAAGAAUCUGAAAUAAAUUUCUGUAGAAGUUCUAUUUUUUUUUGA